AUGUCGCUGGACCACAUGUACAUUCGGCAGUACGAUAACACCUGCCCUCGUUCAGGUGCUACCAAUGUGAUCCAAGAUGGCUUAACAAUCAAGCCGGUGCUCCAGUCAGAAAACAGCGCUUUUGGUGCCGAGGUGCUUGGCGUUGAUUGGAGCAAGCCCUUUCCAGAUGCGACUGUAGCACAGCUGGUCGCUUUGCAAGACAAAUACGCUGUCUUGAUCUUUCGAAAAACGGGAUUAGACAACGCUCGACACAUUGCAUUCUCACAACAAUUAGGCGACAAGCUUGAAAUCAAUCCAUUUUUUUAUGGUCGCGAAAAUGAUCGGUUGAGGGAGCCGUUGUUGUUUGACGUGGCGAAUAUUGAAUUGGAUGGCUCGUUGGUGAAAAUGGAUAGUCGUAGAUGGCACCAUAGUCUCGGGAAUGCAUUAUGGCACACGGACUCCUCGUAUCAUCAACAACGUUCGAAGUACUCGAUUCUUCUCUCUCACGGAAACCCGGUCGAGGGCGGAUCUUGGACUCAUUUUGCUGACCUGCGUCGGGCUUAUUCUGAUCUUUCACAAAUGAAGAAAGACGAGAUUGAGAACCUCGUCAUUGAACACGAUCUAUGGCACUCUCGGAAACUAGCUUCUCCAGCUGUCUUUGGCAACCCUCUUCCUCAUGAAUUAGCAGCCAAGCCACCGGCAUACCACCGACUCGUGCAAGUAGCUCCAGAUGGGCGCAAAACAAUGUAUUUGGCAGCUCAUGCGAAGCGGAUCUUGGGGAUGGAGUUUGAACAGAGUCAAAAAGUGAUCUGGGAACUCAUUGAUCACAUAUGGAGUGGUUGUCCCGGGGGUGACAUGGUAUGGUGGGAUAAUCGACAAUCUAUGCACCGUGCUAAUCCUUAUACGGAGCAUAUGACGGCGAGAGAUGUCCGCCGCUCUACAAUUCUUGAUGAUGGCCCGUUGGCAUUUGGUGCUAGUGCAGAAGAGAAAUCGGUUGCCGAGCGAGAUAAAAUUAACUAA